UCCUUCUUGCUCACUGUUAGGACUGGGGACUCCAGGUCCUGAUAGUAUUGUUCGCCAUUACUUGGGAUUGAUUUCUCAAGCUUUUAAAGAGUUACAAAAUCAAAAUACUGAACUGGGGUUCGAUUCGGAUUUUAUCAAAAAGGAAUAAGAUUCCCCCUCUCAGUCUCUCUCUCUCUCUCUCUCUCUCUCUCUCUUCCCGUUUCAGGGUUGUACGGAAUGAGCAAUAUCAGAUUAGGCCAAUGGCUAUAUGCACUAGUUGGUGUACUAUUGUUGGUGAAAACACAAGGCAUCAACGUUGGAAUAACUUAUGUUCAGAAUGCUGUUGCGAAAGGGGCAGUUUGUUUGGACGGGAGUCCGCCGGCGUACCAUUUUGAUAAGGGAUUUGGAACAGGGAUUAACAAUUGGUUGGUUCAUAUUGAGGGAGGAGGAUGGUGUAAUAAUGUCACUACUUGCCUUGCUCGAAAGAACACUCGUCUUGGUUCAUCUAAGCAAAUGGCUACAGAGAUUGUUUUCUCUGGGAUUCUGAGCAGCUUGCAAAAGUUUAAUCCAGACUUCUACAAUUGGAAUAGGAUCAAGGUUAGGUACUGUGAUGGUGCAUCAUUCACAGGCGACGUGGAAGCAGUCAAUCCUACUACUAAUCUUCACUUCAGAGGUGCAAGGGUUUUUGUUGCCAUUAUCGAGGAUCUAUUAGCAAAAGGAAUGAAGAAUGCUGAAAAUGCUAUGCUCUCAGGCUGUUCAGCUGGGGGAUUGACUUCCAUACUGCAUUGUGACAACUUCCGAGCUCUCGUGCCUAUGGGCACCAAAGUAAAAUGCCUCUCGGAUGCUGGUUAUUUUAUCAACACGAAGGAUGUUUCUGGGGCGCUACACAUUGAAGGAUUCUACAACGAAGUAGUUACCACACACGGAUCGGCAAAAUAUCUACCAUUGUCAUGCACUUCGAAUAAGAGACCUGGUUUGUGUUUUUUCCCCCAAAACAUGGCGCAGCAAAUUCGAACUCCACUUUUUAUUGUGAAUGCAGCCUAUGAUUCAUGGCAGAUAAAGAACAUCUUGGCACCAGGUGUUGCUGAUCCCCAUGGCACCUGGCAUAACUGCAAGCUCGAUAUAACCAAGUGUUCAUCUACUCAAAUCCAAACCAUGCAAGAAUUCAGGUUGGCAUUUUUAAGUGCAUUGACAGGACUGGGAAGUUCUUCAUCUAGAGGCAUGUUUAUCAACUCUUGCUAUGCCCACUGCCAAACUGAAAUGCAGGAGACAUGGCUGAGGGCUGACUCUCCAGUACUCGGAGGAGUUACAAUUGCAAAGGCAGUUGGCGACUGGUACUAUGACCGGAGCCCGUUCCAGAAGAUCGAUUGCCCUUAUCCUUGUGACAAAAGUUGCCACAAUAGGAUUUUUGAUCCAAAUGAGCUACCCAUUAAUCUAGAUAUUUAUACUAUCAAGUAGCCAUUCUUUGGCCAAUUCUUAUUGAUAGAAUAAGCAACCACAAUCAUUUAUCAAGUCAUCAAAAUAAGAGAAAGAUCGCCAGUGCACCAAACCUUGUGCUUGGUGUUCAGAUUAUUCUUAUUUAUAGUGAACGCUAUUUCAUCAAGCACUAAACCUUUGUGCUUGGGUAUUCAUACACAUAUUUAUGUGGACAAUUCCUCACUAAAUAAAGUAUUCAGUCUUAUUGCUGUUGGAGAAUCAUUGAACUGUAGAAUCAUAUCUUUCCUGGAUUUCCCUUUGAUGUACUUGUAUUUUUUGAGACACUAGUGAAGACUAUUGGAAACUACUCCAUUGUUGA